GGUCAGGGAGCGUUCAUGGGUGGGAUGGCCGAGUCGGUACGGGCCGAGUGGCUGUGGCGGGGAUGUGAGGGUGUUUAACGGCUCUAGACUGACAGGGAGGAAGGGAGUUAGGCCACCGGGACCAUGCAGUCAGUGCUGGCCUAUGGCCGCAUCGUGGCUCGGACUGUGCUGGGAGGCGGCCUGAGGCAGUCGGAAAGGCGGGAAUACCGGCUCAUCACCGUCAGCUGCGGCUUCGGCAAGGACCUCCGCAAGGGCAGCGGCACCACCGCCAAGGGCAGCGGCUACGGGGACGAUGCCUGCUUCGUGGCUGCUCACCGGCUGGCAGAUGUACUGGGGGUAGCAGAUGGCGUCGGAGGAUGGUGGGAUUAUGGUGUGGACCCAUCCCAAUUUUCCACUACAUUGAUGCAAACGUGUGAGCGACUUGUACAAGAAGGACUAUUUGUACCCAGCAACCCUGUGGGUAUCCUGACUGCUAGUUACAAUGAAAUGCUACAGAACAAGGCUCCAUUACUGGGUAGCAGUACUGCUUGUCUUGUAAUUCUGGACAGACAGAAACGCUGUUUGUACACAGCUAACUUGGGAGACUCUGGCUUCCUCAUAGUGCGUGAUGGGAAGAUCAUACACCGAUCAGAUGAGCAACAGCAUUACUUCAACACUCCCUUUCAGCUGGCAAUCGCACCCCCUGAGGCCCAAGAUUCUAUUCUCAAUGAUAGCCCUGAAGCAGCAGAAGGUUCCAUGUUCAAUGUAGAAGUGGGUGAUAUCAUUCUUACAGCAACAGAUGGGCUCUUUGACAACAUGUCAGACUACAUGAUCUUACAACAGUUACGAAAAUUGAAGGACUCAAGUUACCAAAGCUUGAAUGAAACAGUGAAAAGCUUAGCUAAACGGGCACAACAGUUGGCAUAUGACCCAAACUAUAUGUCUCCCUUCGCACAGCAUGCCUGUGAAAAUGGACUCAAUGUCCAAGGUGGAAAGCCAGAUGACAUCACUGUGCUAUUAUCAGUAGUGACUGAGAGCAAAGAAUGAAGAGAAAUCUUACCUCGUUGACUCCGAGCUCCAAGCUGACGCGCCUCAAAGGGUGGCAACCCUGAAUCCUGCAAAACUCUGUUGGGGCAUCCUGUCAGAGGUGACUUUUGAUCUAUGCAGAUUACCACAGUCAAGGAAUUCAAGCAGUUGAAAUAUUGGGUGAUCUAUUCCGUCCUGUAGCUUGGAAAAAUUACACUUUACCCGUACUCGCUUUUUACAAUCUCUGGAGGCUUUGUAAAAUAUCUUGAGAUUUUAAGAACUCUCCAUCUUGCAUUAGUCUCCAUUCCAUUGCAAGUAUCUUCACCUCUUUCUGUUUGACCAUUAAACACUGAAGGUAACCAUCUAGUUUUCUUGAACAAUUUGAUGCCUUGAGCGAUUCAUGGAAACUUGGUCUGCUCUAAGGUGUUUUUUAUUUAAACUUUUGUCAAACAAAUGCUUUAAUGUAUUGGUCUAAGUACCAUUUACUAAAAAGUUAAUUCGUUAAUUACAAAAGCUAAUUUUAUUUUUAUUUUUUGCCCAGUCAUAAGUUUGAGUAAAAUGCAUUAUGUGUGAAUGAUGUGAGGGGCUUAUACCCUUUUCCCCAAAAUUGUAAUUUCUGUACAAGAGAAUUCUUGAAUUUUCAAAUCCAAAUGCAGGGUUCAAUUUUGACAAAAGGGUGGUUUUCUGCACUAGGUGCCUGUUGGAACAUGUUUCCAGAAUCGAACUCUCUUUCAAGUCUGAAUGGCAGCCAUUACAGUGCCUAAUAAUCCACUGUACUGAGAAACAGACCAGUUGUAGAAUCUUCAUAGUAUAUCAACAUGGCCGCCACUACAUUUACACUUCUUCUAAUAAAAAUGCAUAGUGACUAUUUGGUCUCUAUGCCACGGACUGUUCUGAUCCAAAGGUGUUUUACCGAUUUGUGGGCAAUCUAUUUGGAUUUCAUUGAGUAUCAACCACUGUUAGAUUUGUUAAUAAUUGAUUUAAGUGUCACUACAGAAUCGUUAUGCUGUGAACAACCUGCAGAGCUUGGGCAGAAAAGCGCAGUGAGUUUUUAAAUGUCUCGUGGAGUAUGUCUGAAGUCAACAAAAUGGAUCAUGCAAGAGAUCUGUGAUCCUUCACCUUAAAUAUCACUUGACAUGUGACAAAUCCUGUGCUGAUUAUUUAUCCACCGAAUAAAGCGCACAACCCUGGCGGAGAUCUUUGAAAUAUGAAAACUGCUAGCUGAAAUUAUAGAAAUGUAACAAUCGAUUCAGAAGUUUCAAUGGUACUGGUGGGUUGUCCUUAAUUACAUUCUUUCAAACUCAUCUAAUCAGUUUAUAUUUGACAUAUUUUAUUGAGAGUUUUCUAAGCUUGGUAUUGUGGCUUCAUUAUGCUUUGAAUCUCUUCCAAGUUGGCCAUUUGACCACACAGCAUUUUUUUUUAAAAGAACUUAAAAUGAAUGGAAGCUGCUGGGUGAUCUUUGUGGUCUAUGCUUGUAUUAUCGAUGCUAUAAUUGCGGUUUUACUGGCUGUGAAUUCUUCCAAUCCUGUCUUGAAGCUAUUUUAAUCCUUUCCUACAGUAGGGAUAAUUGGUAACUUAGUACAUAUUGUGGCAGUUAUGCCAAUGUUGCUAUAUGCUAAAAUAGACAUGCUCUUCUAUGGGUAUGGGAUAAUCAUCUAUUAACCUUUUAGUAGUGCCUUCUGGAGAUCAGCAUCUACAGACUGUGAUCUACUGAUUGUUUAUUGGGUCGACCAUUUGCUUCUCUCUUGAGAAUUUGGCUUUCCUAUAUCUGGCGUCUUCUUAUUUUUGUUAUCAAAAGUCCUGAUCAAUAGUAUAUUUUUUAUUAAUUUAUGUUGGUCUGCCAGUUAAACACAACUGAUCUUCGUUUACUGUAAUUGAUGUCAAAGGAUAAAUUGUCACUAAAAGAAAUAGUCAAUCCAACCUCAAAUAGUCUAGUGUUUGAGUAGUACCUCUAGUCAGAAGACAAUGCACUGAUGCCCUGAUUCAAGGUGCCUGUUGAAUUUCAGGGGGUUCAGAAUCUUGUGGCGUUACAUUGUCUUAAAGAUGUGAUUGAGCUGCUUGAUGUUGCAAACCGCAGUUAAUGUAAGCUGCAACCGUCAUUAAUCUGAACUGAUAGUGCAGAUACUCUGUCUCCCUGAGAUCCAGAGAAAGAGUGUACUGAUUGACUGCCAAUUUUAGUUGCUGCGGCAGUCUUGUUAAUAAGUGAUAUAGCGGACUGUGUGAAGAAGGACUUGUCGCAGAUAACAUUGGUCUUUGCCUUCCUUUCACAAGGUGAGAAUUUGCAUUAGCUGCCCCUCAGGAGUAGGUAAUGUUCACUGUGAAAAGACAAAAAGAAAUUGAGAAGAGAAACAUUGCUUUUGUAUAUUUAAAAAAAACUCAAAAGAGAAGGGUGCAUUUAAAAACAAUGGCCUUGAUGUCCCUUUCAACAAAAAAAAAUUAGAUUUGCUUUGUUCCAAUGGGUUAAAUUCCAAAGUUCAAGAGAAGCAGAUAGACGUUGAUCUCCCUCAGGCUCUGCUGCUAUUUUGUGUGUUUCUGUAUCUACCCUUUGAGUAAGGUUUCACAUUUGAUUUUUGGAAAAGAGAGCUACUGCUGUUUGAACUCAGAGCCAUAGGAAUAUCUGCAGCAAUAUGUCUGUGAUUCACUGUAUA